GGCUCUGGGCGGACAAUGAGGUUUUGGAGGUGUUGGCUGGGAAUUCCUCCCAGACUCUCUUGGAGCGUUGUUCUGUCCUCCCCCGGCGUCUUUCCCUCUCUCUUUUUUUUUUUUGGGGGGGACACACCCCGUCCCCGGCUUGGAUAGGGGAGCAGCGCAGAGAGAGAGAGAGACCAGGCGGAGAUGCUGCUCGGAGCCGUCCCCGAAUUUCCUCCUGUUCCUGCCUUGUCCCCGCCCUGUCCCCCGCGCUGUCCCCAAAACACCUCUCGCUGACUUUUCUCCUUGUCCCAGAGCUGCUCUUCGGCCAAACCCGGGCGCAGCCCCAGCAGGUCAACGGCGUCCUGGGGGGGUCGGUGCUGCUCUCCCCGGCUCUGCCCCCCAACAAGACGGUGAAGGAGAUCGAGUGGAGCUUCUCCGCCGGCACCGGGGCCAUGAUCCAGGUGGCGGAGUUCAGCCGAGGGGGGUUCGAGCGCCCCGACCCCAGGGAUCGCUUCGGGAAGCGGCUGGAGAGGUUCAACGAGACGGCGCUGAGGAUCCGCGCCCUGGAGAGGGGCGACAGCGGCGUCUACGGGGCGAGGAUUAAACUGCACCCGGCGCUGGUGGAGGAUCAAACCUUCAACCUCUCCGUCUACGGUGGGUGAUGGAGACGCUGAGGGGAGAAAGCCCCGAGCUCUAAACCCCUUUACAGGUGGGGGAAGCACAGAGCGGCGCUGGGGGUAAAUAGAGAGCGUGGGCACCCACCCCUUUACUUGUGGGGAAACUGAGGCACGGGAGGGCUUUGAGGGUGAAUAGAGAGCCCCGAGGGUGAGAAAUAAUCCCCUUUACAGGUGGAGGAAGUGAGGUGCUGAUGGGAUUUGGGGGAUAAAUAGGAAGCCCCGAGUGUAAAUCCCUUUACAGGUGGGGAAACUGAGGCACGGAGCAAGGAUGGGGUUGGAGGGGGAACAGAGAGCCCUGAGGGUGAGAACUGGCCCCUUUCCAGGUUGGAAAACUGAG